AUGGCGGACGAUACUGUGGUUGUCAUUCAGAAGGAGCUUCCAAUGGCUGCAUUCCCGGCAAUUGCAGACAUCAGAAGACAGGGACAAUUGUGCGAUGUCACUUUGAAAGUUGCCGACCAGAAGUUUUCAGCACAUCGUAUCAUCCUGGCUGCCACGAUCCCCUACUUCCAUGCCAUGUUUACUCACGACAUGGUGGAAACCAAACAAGCAGAGAUCACCAUGGAGAGCGUGGAGCCCAGUGCCCUUGAAGCUCUGAUCAACUUUGCCUACACAGGCCGUGUGGUGAUCGAUGGCAACAAUGUCCAGUCACUGCUGAUCGUGGCCAGCUUUCUCAACAUGCAGGCGGUCAAAGAAGCUUGCAGCAACUACCUCAAGAACAGACUAGAGCCAUCCUCCUGUCUGUCAGUUCGAGCGUUUGCUGACCAGUACCUAUGCGCUGCACUGGUUGAAGCUGCUAACAAGUAUCUGCAGAACAACUUUCGACAGGUUGCUCUGUCAUCAGAUUUCUUGGCUUUGACCAAGUCGGAGAUGCUAGAGAUCUUAUCCAGAGAUGAGCUGUACGUCAGCAGUGAAGAGCAGAUUUUUGAGGCAGUCAUGCGUUGGAUCAAGCAUUUGCCAGAAGCUCGAGUGUCUGACCUCCCAGAGCUGAUGGUGAAAGUGAGGCUGCCGUUGCUGACACCCCAGUAUCUCAGUGACAAGGUGGCUACAGAAGAUGUCAUCAAAAACUCUCUGCAGUGCAGAGAUCUCCUAGAUGAGGCCAGAGACUACCACCUGAUGCCCGAGAGGAGACUCCUCAUGCAGACUUUCAAGACAAGACCCAGGUGCUGCACAGAUGUCCCUGGAUUUAUAUUUGCUGUGGGUGGUCUGACCUCCGCAGGAGACUCGCUGAGCACGGUCGAAAUAUUCGACCCCUUGACUGUCCAGUGGUCACCGGGAGAGCCUAUGAGUACAAUGAGGAGUCGAGUAGGUGUGGCAGUUUUAAAAGGCUUACUAUAUGCCGUCGGGGGAUACAAUGGCAUGGAACGCCUGGACACUGUGGAGAUGUAUGAUCCAGUCUUCAAACGAUGGAGCAGAGUGGCACCCAUGAAAUGUAAACGUAGUGCACUGGGAGCAGUCAGUCUCAACGGAAGAAUCAUAGUCUGUGGAGGCUACGAUGGAGUCACGUCACUGCAUACCUGUGAGAGCUACGAUCCGGAAAAUAAUGUGUGGUCGCAGAUGCAACCGAUGCACAAACAUCGAAGUGCAUCUGGUGUCACGGUGUUGCAUGGCUGUGUGAUUGCUUGCGGUGGACAUGAUGGUUUGUCCAUCUUUGACUCCGUCGAAUCAUACAACCCAACCCGAGGUGAAUGGGUGCAGCUUCCACCAAUGAAAUCCAAGCGUUGCAGACUGGGUGUGGCCACCCUGAACGGCAAAGUCUAUGCUGUGGGUGGUUAUGAUGGCUGCGUGUUCCUGAGGUCUGUGGAGAGGUACGAUCCCGACACGCAGACCUGGGAGAUAGUCGCUCCGAUGCAGGUCAAGAGAAGCAGAGUAGCCGUGGCAGCAACGUACGGACGCUUAUAUGCUAUUGGUGGAUACGACGGACAGACGAAUCUCAACUCGGUGGAAAUGUACGACCCACACACUGACGAGUGGAAGUUUGUGAAGAACAUGUCAGCCCAUGAGGGCGGUGUUGGCGUUGGAGUUAUUCCGAUGGAUUCCUUCGGGGAAGAGGGGACACAUUUCAAUGAUAACAAUCAUGAAAUUUAG